CCGCGGCGUGUCAGUGGCGGACACGCAGGCCGCCGCUCGCGAUAUUUGCGAGAGGGUGGGAAGGAGAGGACGGGGAGUGAAGUGACGCGCGCGAUGCUGCUGCGGAGCGCGUCCUCGCCGCUGCUCAACUGCGCCCGCGCGCCGGCGGCGGCUGCGGCGGAGCACCACGCGGUGGUGUCGCCGUCGGUGGCGGCGGCGCCGAGGCAGGGGGCGGUGCUGUGCCGCGCGAUGUCCGAGGGGGACCUCGCGGCGCAGCUCGCCCCCGCGGUGAGGGGGAAGAAGGACGAGGGGGGCCACGGGAGGGCGCCGAGGAUGCUGUCGCUGUCGGCGUCCUCGUCCUCGUCCGCUUCCAUCUCCCUCGAGGAGGAGGACGGCGAGGGCGAGGAGGAGGAGGAGCCCGAGGUCGCGCUCGCGGUGGCCGGGGCGGCCGGCGUGCCGCUGCCGCUGCGGCGGCUGCUGACGAGCACGGGGCUGGACGUGUCCGCGGCCGCGGCGCGGGAGGCGGCCCUGGCGCUCGCGGAGCAGGGCGUCGCCGGGGGCGGCGGCGGCCGCGGCGGGAAGGCGUCCGGCGGCCAGGGCGGGGACGCCGGCGGCGACGGUGGCGGCGCCGCCGCGGACGCGCACUACCGGCAGAUGCUCGAGGCGGACCCGGGCAACCCGCUGCUGCUGGUCAACUACGCCCGGUUCCUCAAGGAGGUGGAGGGGGACGCGGCCAGGGCGCAGGAGUACUGCGAGCGCGCCAUCCUCGCCAGCCCCGGCGACGCCGAGGCGCUCUCGCUCUACGCGGGGCUCGUCUGGGAGACCAGCCGCGACGCCGGCCGCGCCGAGGACUACUACAGCCGCGCCGUCCAGGCCGCGCCCGACGACUGCUACGUCCUGGGCUCCUACGCCGGGUUCCUGUGGGACGCCGAGGAGGACGACGAGGAGACUGACGACGCCGAGCCCUUCCCGCCGCCUUCGCCGUUCCUGGGGGCAGCUCAGCAUCCUUCCAUCACGGCGGCCUCUUAGACCAGCUCUUGAGAUCUCACCCGCCAGAGACUGUGAACUAGCUGGAUCUGGGCUCUUUGAAGAGCAACACCCGAGAAAUCCGAGCAGCAGCUCAGACGAGUCACCGGCCGGCUCGCUGCCGCCUGUGAACUGAAUCUCCGGCACUUGUAAAACUGAAUCUGGAAGAGCACCACGCGUCUAAGGCGACUAUCGGGUUGAAUUGCAGGGCUAUGUAUAGUAGUUAUAUAGCCUGAGACCCUGCAAAGCUUGUACAUGCAGAAUGUUCUUGGUCACUUGUGUAUCAGUAUUCAGUAGUAGUACCACUUGUGAAAUAAACGUCAGAAUCGUUUUUUUUCUCCA